UUUGACGGCUGUUUGACAGUUACGUAACCUCACUUAAUCGCCCAAAAAAUGUAAAUAAAAGUCGCGAUUUGUGCGUUUUUGCUUGCGGUGGGCCCUCGUGUUCCGCUUUGUUUUGCUUUUGCCCGAAAAUGUGAGUCUAGUGAUACUUUAUUUCGCAAUCAUCUGGGAGCAUCAAAUUAGAAAGUAGCACUUCCGCUUUUACUUUCCAAGACGAAAAUGUCGCAGAAAGUUGAAAAAAUGAGUUCCACUGUUUACGUAGUUUUUCUUUCCCUUUUGUUGGAUUUAUUGGCGUUUACUAUGAUCCUGCCAUUGUUGCCUUCGCUGCUCGAGUAUUACAAGAGUAACGACAGCACGGGGCUGUACGCAUGGCUCUCACGGCGUAUUCAGUUCUUCCAAGAGCUGGUCGGGGCCCCCGAGAAGUACAAUUCGGUCCUUUUUGGUGGUUUUCUCGGGUCCAUGUUCAGCUUUUUGCAGUUUGUUGUCUCCCCCAUCGUAGGGGGAGUCUCCGACGUGGUCGGGAGGAAGAAAGUCAUGGUCACUUGUCUGAUUGGGAUAUCAACAUCGUACGUUCUGUGGUGCUUGUCGAGUAAUUUAGUUUUGUUUAUUUUGGCGCGGUUUAUUGGCGGAAUCAGCAAAGGCAACGUUUCCUUAAGCAUGGCCAUAAUAGCCGACGUCUCGACGAUGCGAACGCGGGGAAAAGGCAUGGCUUUCGUCGGCAUUGCCUUUUCCCUGGGCUUCAUCGUUGGCCCCCUGAUAGGCGCCCUGUUCGCGGUUUGGGCGAAGAAAAAAGUGGGCGAUUGGUUCAUAGUUCCUGCACUGUUCGCACUUUUGUUGUCGCUUGCUGACUUGAUCUUUUUCAUUUUUUGUUUCAAGGAGACGUUACCAGAGGAAAAACGUGCCAAAAGCGUGAAAACGAGUCUAAACAGUGCCAAAUCGUUCAUCAACUGGAAGGACUUGUUCCAGUUUAAGGCCGUAACGGGCUUGAAAUCGUCCGAUAUGUUCGAAUUGAGGCGUCUGGGACGCGUCUAUUUCGUCUAUUUGUUCAUCUACAGCGGUCUCGAGUUCACUCUGACUUUUUUGACGCAUCAUAUUUUUAAUUAUAAUUCAAUGCAACAAGGGUGGAUGUUUUUCAGUAUUGGGGUCACAAUGGCGCUCAUGCAAGGGGGAUACGUGCGCCGAAUCUCGCCCCAAAAAAUCAGACCCACCGCUAUUUGCGGACUGUGGAUUAUAGUGCCUUCGUUUGUCUGCGUGGGGCUGGCCCAAGGGCCCCUUUUGCUCUACUUCGGACUGUUUUUGUUCGCAGUUUCGACUGCGAUGGUGGUUCCGUGCAUCAUGACGAUGGCGUCGGAGCACGGCAAAGAGAGCCAGAAGGGCACAGUCAUGGGCAUUUUCAGGUCCCUGGGGGCCCUAGCCCGGGCCUUGGGCCCAAUUUUCGCCAGUAUCGCGUUCUGGAGCGUAGGCUCUCGGAUUACAUAUUUGUGCGGUGCUUUCGGGCUGCUUUGGCCCGUCCUGACUUUAACGAAAAAGCUUUAACAGUAUUUGUAUCAGUAUUUUAUUGUUUGUUACCAGGAAAAGGAAAUAAAUUUUUAUACAGUUCUAAA